AUGCCUGAGCACUGUGCGGCGUAUUCCUGUCAAAAUCGGCGGACUGUUCAAAACAGGGCUCGGGGGAUUACUUUUCACAAGUUUCCCAAAGACAGAGAUGUUAGGAAGAAGUGGGACGUGGCUUUGAGGAGGGAAGGAUUCACUGCAAGUGAUUCAUCAGUGCUUUGCAGUGAGCAUUUUAAGCAGGACGAUUUAGAUAGGACAGGUCAGAUUGUCCGACUCAGAGAUGGUGUUAUUCCAUCCAUCUUCAGCUUCCCGGUUCAUCUCCAAAGACCGGAAAAGGGCAGGACUACGUGUACCUCCAGAAGAUCUGAGGAGAGCCUGUCUGUGGCCUCUCAGGAUGCCUCACACACUGCAACCUCACACCCACAACCUCAGCCUAAUGAUGAUCAUGGCUAUGCCUUGCCUGCUUCUCCUACCUCUCUUAAGGCCAAACUCAAUGAAGCCUUAGCAAGAGUGGAAAGUCUGGAACGAGAGAAGAAGAAUGCCAUGGCCAGAGAAAAGAGGGCAAAGACCACAGUGAAGAGUCUUUUAGGAGAUUUGAGGGAAAAAAACCUUAUUAAUGAAGAGCUCGAAGAGAGGCUUGAAUUCUACUCAGUGUCACUGCCCGAUUUCCGGAGCUGCCCGAUUUGCUGUACGGACCGUCUGCGCAUGCGCGAACGAGCCGCCAUCUUGUAUGGUAUCUCCACUUGGACAAACUUCAUUCCGUCUCUGCCCGAUUUCUAG